AUGUUUAACAAUAAUUUAUCCCAAUCAUCAACAUCAUUGUCAGAAGCAAGUGAGAAAAAAGGUAUAACUGACAUGGACUUGGAUAAUAUAGCUAUGUACCUUACUGGUACUCAGCAAAGGUUUAGAGAAAAUAUUAUAAUUCCAAGAACUGUGGGUCCUGUACACCUUAUGAAUAAUGAAGAAAAAUUAAUUCAACGUGCAAUGGAAAGUUGCAUCAUGAAAACUGUUUCAAGUUGUGUUAUGGGAUAUGGUUUGGGAGCUGCACUAGGCUUAUUUACAUCUAGUGUAAAUCCAAAUAUAUCUGUUGAUGAAAAACAAAGUUUUCGUGAAGUAUUUAAAGAAAUGAAAACUACAACACUGAGCUAUGCAAAAAAUUUUGCUAUAUUUGCUUGUAUGUUUACAGCUAUAGAAUGUACAAUAGAAUCGUAUAGAGGUAAAACUGAUUGGAAGAAUGGCACAUAUGCUGGUGGUUUAACAGGUGGAAUAAUAGGACUAAGAGCUGGUGUAAAGGCAGGUUUAUUUGGGGCAGCAAGCUUUGCAGCAUUUUCAUUAGUCAUAGACUACUAUACGCAUAAAAUAUUUAAUCAAUAAUGUCAGAAAUUAUAGUAGAUAUAUAUUUGUAUAAAAAAAGAUAUAAAAUGCACUCUGAGUGUACCUGUACAAUACGUAUAUAAGCGCGAAAACGUUCUUAGUAUAAAAAUGCAUACACAUAAGUACAAUAGUUAUAAAAUAAAUUCACAUAAUACAUCAAUAUUCGUUUCACCUACAU